GAGCAAGUUGAGGAUGACGAGGGAACAAGAGGGGCUAGCGCUCCUAGUGGAUCUGCUUUGCAUACCUCGACUAGUGCGCGUGCCAGUGUUGCAUAUGGGCAACAGCUCUUGCACAGCUACGCGGGAAAUCACGCCGCGUCCCCCACCAGGUCGUCACAUCAGAGUGUAGACACCACGCCAAGCGCCAGAAGCCAAGUGAUGGCUCAAGUUCCGGG